UCUUCAGUUGUUGAAAUAUCAAAAUAGAAAGAAAAGUAAUUUGCAUUGCAAUGGCUCUAAUUUUACGUAGCAUAUUCUUUCUCAUGUCUCUAAAUCUCAUUUCCACCAAUGAAGCAUUCUCAAAACAAUCACACAUAAUGCUCCCAUCAUCAUUAGAAUAUCAAAGAACUGAGAAAGUAACCAAUCUUCACUUCUACUACCAUGACAUUAAAAACAAAAACAACCCAACAAUAGUGCAAAUUGUUAACACACCAAAAAACGUGCCUAAUGAAUUUGGCUCAACUUAUGUGAUGGAUGAUGAAAUUACUGAAGGACCAGAGAUGAAUUCAAAGAACAUUGGAAGAGCUCAAGGGUUAUUUGGUCAAGCUUCUUUGCAUGGUAUUGGAAUGUUCAUGUUAACAAAUUUUGUUUUCACUAAUGGAACCUAUGCAGGGAGUACACUUAGCAUGUUAGGGAUGAACCCUGUUUCAGAGCAAAAUAGAGAACUGCCAAUAGUUGGUGGGACUGGAAUGUUUAGGUUUGCUAGGGGAUAUGCCAUAGCAAAUAGUCUUUAUUCUAUUUCUUCUCCUGAUAAUUUUGUUAUGGAGUAUAAUAUCACAGUGUAUCAUCUCUAAAUUAUGUCCUUUGGACUAAUUUGAGAGAUGUUGUAGGUUUGAAUAUAUAAUACUUGUACGUGUUUGGUUUACUUUAAUUGUACCUUUAAUAUGAUUUGAUUUGAUCACUCACCCUGAGUAUAUUUUGUGUUUGGCGCUUGCGAUGAUUUAGUUGUGUUGUGCUCGGGGAGUGGGAAUAGACUAGACUGAGUUAAACUUUGUCCAGCUUCGGUCUGGUCCGUUAAUAAAUUGAAAUCUUAAUUGGAGGAAG